CACAAGUUCCUCUGAACCGGAUGGAAAACGUCAACUCUCCUCAAUAGCGAGCAAACACGUAGUAGGCGUAUCUGAUAUUCAAAGUCAGACACUACAUCGACCUGAACAAUCAAUCCAAGAAGCUUAAAACAUGGUAUCAUCCGCAGAAUUACGCAUGAUUGACUAUUUGACCAAUCUACCAUCGGACGCAAACCCUUACCUGAAAGCAGCCAAAUAUCUUCAUGACCAACUUCAGGUGUUUCGGACUCCUGUGUGGGCAAGGUGUAUCAACGGAAUCAUUGGGAUUUUGUUUCUCAUUCUUUUAAUUCAAUCCUGCAAACUUAUCGUUAAUCGUGUCAAGACCAAAACAUUCUAUCUUUUUAAGCUGAAUACACUCGGGUUGAUCAAAUUCGAUGGGGCAAAUCAUGGUUGUGUGGCCUAUAGUUUUUGCAGUAUGGCCAUGCUCAUUGAUAUCAUCUGUACAGAAAUGUCGUUGCUCGGCUGGAUAUCCCGAAGGGUCGUUAUCUUUAUAUUUGCUACGAGGUCUGUUUUAGUAGGUGUAUGCGCCUGGGCUUUUCUGUGGCUCUGCAUUUGUCAUUACGCCGCGGUGAAGUUUGAUCCUCUCAAAUCUCAACGACCAGGAAAGGAAAAACUCAUCUCACCUGUCAUAAUCUGGUCAAUGAACCUGGCUUUCUUGGCAGUGAUGUUUGGUCCAUUCAUUCCGAUGUACUGGGCAAGCUUCAGUAUUGAUUCUGAAUUUGUUUACAUUACAAAACAUCUUUCGCCGAUCCUACAAAACCUAUCGGAGGCAGGAUCAACGUACUCUCCUACGACAUAUAAUAAGUUGAAUCUGUUCAAAAUCUUGAUCCCCGCGAAGGAUCUGAUUCCUCAUGUUUUGCGAAUCGAAUACUGCCUUCGAGCUGCACUUAUCGUUUACCUCGUGGAUGCAGUGAUAAUCUCUUUGACAUAUCCGAUUAUUCUCUUUUUGGUCUUUCGACAUUUAAGGCAAUAUAAUGAAAUGAGCGAAAAAGUCAGGUCACAGAACAAAUCAACAGCAGAGAGAGGCUUUGUAACAUGUAUAUCAGCUCUAAGUUAUGUGGCUCUGAAUGCUUUGUUGUUGAGCUUUCGAGGCGGUGGUUUCCUUCAAAAUACUGCUUGGUGGCUUAUUUUUCAAACUGGAUUGUCUAUUCCAGUUUUGUUGGCGUGUUUUGUUACUAUUCAAAAUAUAUCUUCUAGUAUCGAGUUGAAAAAGCAGCAUCAAAUCAAGAGUACGAUUAUAACACUCACUAUAAGCGAACUCAAAUGAAAUCCCAAGGUCAUUUUCUUUUUGGUAAUCAUCGAAUUCGUCUUUUCUCUUCGUCCAUUCCAGGUCAUAAUUCUUUUAAAAUUUGUUCAUGUUACGUCAACUAUCUUUUAUGACACUGACGGACUUGUCAAUAGCCUUUAUAUUAAUUAGAUCAGGGAUAACCCAUGAAUGCAUCUAUCAUCAUAUAAUCUAUCACAUCACCAAUACAGCAGUGACGCUCAUUACUACCAUGUUAUUCUUGACUAUUUUUUCUGACUCCCAAACAUGACCAAAUGACCAUGUAGCAGUAAUGGCACAUCCCUAAGCUAUGUGGCAGCUGGCACCGAAGACCAAUGUCUUGACUGAGGAAUCUCUCAACCCUCGAGGGCUUCUUGGCCUGAUAAUACGUAUUGUUUUGACCCAGGAAAUACCUCGUUCACAUAGGUGGUUCUCAUACUCAUACACAGAAAGACAGCUGUUAUUGUGGGCCUUGUUACACUGGUUCACCUGCCUCUGGACAUUUGGCUAGUAAGUAGAUCUAAAGUGAUGAGAUCCUAUACUUUGUAUCCUAUCAAGUUUUCAUUGGUCCUCAAGAUCAAAUUCAUAGGUGUGUAGCACACUUCUUAGCAACUAAACCUGUCCACAUGAAUUGUACCCUAAUCAAAACAU